AUGGAACAGGGAAGGCAGAGAGGACGACCAAGGAUUCACGAGAGUGACACUGCACGCCAGCGCAGCCGACGAUUGCAUGAAACUGAUGAAGAGAGAUCCACCCGCUUGGAGUCAGAUUCCCUUCGUCAGCGGCGUAGACGUCUGACUGAGGAUACUCAAUCCAGGAAUGCUAGGCAACGUGCAGAUGCUGAACGACACCAGUCAUUGCGUCAAAUUGAAAGUGCGGAAGAACGAAGUGCGAGAUUAGCUGAAGAUGCCCAACGCCAUCGAGUGAGACGUGCUUUACAGACCGAUGACCAGCGAAUCCAUAGUCGACUGGAACACGCUCAACGACAGUCCCUGCGACGUAGCCUAGAAAAUUCCGAGGAAAGUUCAGCUCGACGUGAGAAUAACGCGGAACGUCAGCGUCGUAGCCGAGAGGCUGAAAGCCCCCAAGAGCGGACCACGCGUCAGAGAGAAAACGCUCAACGUCAGCGUCGCAGGCGUGAUCAAGAGAGCACAGAAGAACACUCUGCUCGGCGUGCGGAAAACGCUCAACGUCAACGAAACAGACGCGAAUUAGAAACCCCCGAAGAACACUCCACUCGGCGUGCGGAAAACGCUGAACGUCAGCGUCGCAGACGACAAGCAGAAGAUACCGAUCAGCGAACCACCCGGCAAGUGGAAAAUUCUCAGCGACAGCGCUUUGAGACGUAG